AUGCAGGGCGACAACGCCCCAGGAGGCCCGUUUGAGCCGCCUGCCGCCGGCGCAGGGGCCGCCGGCACACCCACUGCCCCAGCCGCCACCGUGCGGCCCUCCGCCGCCGCGCCCUGCGCCCCGCUGGUGCCCAUGGCUCGCUCCGAGACCCUGACCCCUCUACUGCCCUGCGGCCUGACUGAGAAGGAGCUCUCUGAGCUGGCCUGCAUGGCAGCCGCGGCAGACAGCCGCCGGGGCAGCAGGGUCGGCCCAGAGGAUGGUGGCGCGGCACGCUCCGAGGGCCACGGCACCCGCCUCAGCUUUGAGCGCAUCAACCGAGUGGCGGCGGCAGUGGCGGCCGAGAAGGCUCGCCGCCGCUCGCUGGAGCAGCAACGCCGGCGGGAGCGGCCGCGCAGCCAGGGCCAGCUGGCGCGCCAGCCGGAGCCGCGCCGCAGGCAGGCGGCGCCGUCCCACCCGCUGCUGCAGCUGGGCAGGCAGCGCUCGCUGUCGGAGGGGCAACUCGAUGCGAUGCUGGGCCCGCCCACCCCCCGCGGCUCUGUAGAGGCGGUCACGGCGGCGCAGCGCCUGGCAGCCAUCUCUCCAGACCCCAGCACACUGUCCCUGGCCGCCCCAGACACCCCCAGGGCCGCCGAGCCGACGCUGCAGGGCAAGCGCCCGACGGCGGCGGGCUACGGCGCCCCCAGGCCCGUCCGCCGCUCCGCGCCGCCGCACACCGACGCCGCCUGGCGCCUGCAGCUGCGGCAGCAGGCCGGCGCGGCCGCCGCGGAGGGCGGCACCCCGCCUGGCAGCCCCUUUGGGCUGCGUGGCAGGCGCCGCGACCCCGACCCGCUCCUGCCAGACCUGCCUGGCGGCAGCAAGGCAGAGGCAGUAACCAGCUGGCUGCAGCGCAGCAGCAGCGAGCACAGCGAAUUCGGCGACGAGCCGCCGACCGCAGAGGCCCGCCCGCAAGCCGGCCCACCGCGCCUGCCGCUAGCAGGCGUGCCGGCGGCCGCCGCCGAGCACCCAGCCUUCCCUUCCGACCCGGGCUACGGAGGCUACUCGGCUGGGCCAGCGGGCGCCGCUGCCAGCGCCGCGGGCCGCCCCUCCAGCUUCCCCCUGGAUGAUGGCAGGCGCACGGCGGCGGCUCCCAAUGCCAUGAUGCUGCGCCUCGCCAGCGAGCCUCACGGGCAGGCUGGGCAGCCGCAGCCGCAGCAGGAGCAGGAGCAGGAGGCGGAGACGCCGCGCCGAAGGAAGGGGCUGCUGGCAUCUUUCAACCGCCUGCUGCGCAUCUGA